AUGUCCGAUUCACACGAGAUUAGUGGAAAUAUAUCUGAGGAGAUUAAUAAAGAACAGGAAGAAUUAGUCAAUCAACCGUCUUCAACCGUGCAAACAGGAGAGGAACAAAAUAAAACGAUACAACCAAGUACAGAAGAUGGAGAGACACAAAAUGAAGAAGUAAAUGCCCAACUGGAACAACAGCAUGAAGACGAACUUAACGACAUCGAUACUUUGUUUCAUACUUCUGUAGAAGAUGCCAAGCAGGAGCGAGAAGAAGCAGGACAAGAACACAAUCAACACAACAAGAGAAACUUGGAAGAAGAAAGCACAAAGUCAGAACAACAAAUCCAAACUGACUCAUCUCACCCUAACGAAGAACAACAACAACAACAAACACAAUCUGAAGAUAUUGCAGAAGAAAAUGAACCCGUUAAUGAGAAAAACGAUCUUGAAAUGAUAGCGAACCAAUUAGAAACAGCCACAGAAGCCAACAAAGAGAAGGAACCUGAAACUACUACUAUUGAUGGUAUAACAAUCCCGGCCAACUCCGAACUUCUAAACACCAAUACCGCAUUAGCUGCAUAUAACGCCCUCGCAAGUGAACUUCCUCCAGUGGCAGCAUUAGCAAGUGCUAAUUUACACGGUUUACCUCUUCCAAUUGUUGCACCUGAUUAUCUUCCACCACGUAUCCAAUUAUUAAUCAACACACUUCCAACCUUGGAUAACUUGGCUACUCAACUACUAAGAAUCGUGGCCAGCGGACCCUAUCAAAAGAUUAUCGACUUAGCUUCUAACCCAGAUACUCCUGCUGGUGCUACAUACAGAGAUCUUACAUCCUUGUUUGAAUUCACGAAACGAUUAUACUCAGAAGAAGAUCCAUUCUUAACUGUUGAGCACAUUGCUCCAGGAAUGUGGAAGGAGGGAGACAUGACUCCAACUAUGUUUAGAAACCGAGAACAAAGUAUUGAAUCGACUUUGCGUAAAGUGAAUUUGGCUACAUUUCUCGCUGCUACAUUAGGUACUAUUGAAGUCGGGUUCUUCUACUUGAACGAAUCGUUCUUGGAUGUAUUUUGUCCUGCAAAUAAUCUCGAGUUAGAGAAUGCUUUAUCAAAUAUGGGUAUUAACAAUCAAAGUUUACAAAGUGGAAAUUUCUCUAUUGGCGAAAAAGUAGGUAAACUUUUGAAACCACAAGCUACUUUAUAUUUAGAUUUGAAAACCCAAGCUUACAUAUCUGCAAUUGAAGCAGGAGAAAGAUCACGAGAGGAGAUCUUGGAAGAUAUUUUGCCAAAUAACUUGGAUGAGAUCCUUUUAUCCCGUCGUGGUACCAAGGCACUUUCGCCUAUGGAAUUGGAUUUCGUAGAUAGGUGUAAUACCAGAAAGGAAAUCCUUUUGAAUUAUGAAGGAAACUUGAGUGAAGAAUACGAAUGGUUUACAUUUUUAAAAGAGUUGUUUGACUAUGUGGGUAAGAAUGUCGGGUUUUUAAUCUGGGGUAAACGAGGUAGGCGAGAAAGAGUGCAUAAAGAAGAUACAUCGGCAACUCCACACAGUGACGAAAUCUUACAACGUGAAACACCAGAAGCCCAACCAAGGGUACCAGUUCAAAAUCUGAUUACGAAUGCACCAUCAACAGAACCUACGAAUGACUCAACAGCCAUAGAACUGUCAGAAGAUUAUCAAAACCUAACUAGUACUUUGCUCCCAUCCGAAAUUGUCGAGCGUCAAAUUCAUCUCCGUAUAAACCCAGGAACCACCCUGCGUACCGGACACAGACGUCCAUGGACAAGGGACGAAGAAAAGGCUUUACGUCAUGCCCUUGAGCUCAAGGGACCACAAUGGGCAACUAUUCUUGAAUUGUUUGGAAAUGGUGGUAAAAUUUCAGAAGCACUUAAAAAUAGAACGCAAGUGCAAUUGAAAGAUAAGGCAAGAAAUUGGAAGAUGUUUUUCUUGAAGAGUGGACUUCCUGUGCCUGGAUAUUUACUGAGAGUUACAGGUGACCUCGAUAGAGAACUGAAACCAAGAACCAAAGGUCCUAGAAGCAAGAAGACAGCCGCAGCUCCUGUCCCAUCAGUGCAAACCAGCCAGAAAGAAGCUUAA